CACGGAGAUCGUACACUCUCCAGCAAGGGUUCGAUAUUUUAUCAGCCUCAUUCCACACAAUAAGCUAUCUAGAGCUUCUUUCAAGAUAAUAUUCUUGGUCCAGUCAAUGCAACACAGCGGUAAGAUGCAAAAGCAGGAAAUAGAUGUGGGAGCGUCAGUCUGGUUUGAUGUUGGAAGGGGAUACCUACUUCCAGGUGUUGUCAAAGAGAAGAAAAAAACUACAGGAAAGAAAGGAACAACAUCUCUGACAGUAAAAAGCCUACUGAAUGCAGAGAUGUACUCCCUUGGUGCUCAGCCCCUGGUGCAGUUUCGAAAGCAUCUGGAAGAAGAUGGAGUGGAAGACAUGACUCAGCUGGAAGACCUGCAUGAUGGUGCAGUGUUGUACAAUUUAAAGAAGAGGUUUGAAAAGAAAAUGAUAUACACAUACAUUGGCAGCAUCCUUUUAUCUGUGAAUCCAUAUAGAAUGUACAACAUUUAUGGGACUGACUCCGUGCUGAAAUAUAAAGGGAAGUCAUUUAUGGACAACCCACCCCACCUCUUUGCCAUUGCUAAUGCAGCCUUCUCCAAAAUGGUUGAUGCCAAACACAAUCAAUGUAUUAUUAUCAGUGGUGAAAGCGGUUCAGGCAAGACUGAAGCCACCAAACUGGUCCUCCGCUAUCUUGCUGCUGUGCACCACAGUCACAAAGAUAGUGUGACCCAUCAGAUUCUUGAAGCCACGCCUCUUCUGGAGUCAUUUGGGAAUGCCAAAACUGUACGAAAUGAUAAUUCCAGUAGGUUUGGGAAAUACAUUGAAAUUUUUUUGCAGGACGGGGUGAUAUGUGGUGCCAUAACCUCACAGUAUCUUCUUGAAAAGUCAAGGAUUGUGUUUCAGGCCAAAAAUGAAAGAAAUUACCAUAUUUUCUAUGAGAUGCUGGCAGGACUCUCGAGUCAGCAGAAGCAAAAGUUCUACCUGCAGGAGGCUGAGACAUAUUACUACCUGAAUCAGGGUGGAAACUGUGAAAUUUGGGGGAAGGAUGACAGGGAGGACUUCCUUCGGCUGCUCAGCUCAAUGGAAGUGCUUGGCUUUAGUCCAGAUGAACAGAACAGCAUCUUCCGCAUUCUCUCUUCUGUUCUGCACCUGGGGAACGUCUACUUUGAGAAAUAUGAGACUGAUUCACAAGAAGUGGCAUCAGUAGUCAGUGCUCAUGAGAUCCGAGUUGUGGCAGAGUUAUUACAAGUGUCUCCCGAAGGUCUGCAAAGAUCCAUCACAUAUAAAGUGACGGAAACCAUGAGAGAGAAGAUUUUCACCCCGCUAACAGUGGAAAGUGCAGUUGAUGCCAGAGAUGCUGUUGCCAAGAUCCUUUACUCACUGAUCUUCAAUUGGCUCACUGAUAGAAUAAACACAUUGGUUUCUCCAAAGACAGAAUCCAUGUCCAUAGCCAUCUUAGAUAUUUAUGGAUUUGAGGAUUUGACUGUAAACAGUUUUGAACAGUUGUGCAUUAAUUAUGCUAAUGAAUACCUACAAUACUUUUUCAAUAAGAUCAUCUUCAAAUUGGAGCAGGAGGAAUAUAUCAAAGAACAUAUUGACUGGAAACAUAUUACCUUCAGUGACAACCAACCCUGCCUUGAUCUUAUUUCUCAGAAGCCUCAUGGAAUCCUUAGGAUAUUGGAUGAUCAAAGCUCUUUCCCACAGGCAACUGACCACACCUUCCUACAAAAAUGUCACUAUCACCAUGACAACAAUCCUCUGUACUCAAAGCCAAAGAUGCCUCUGCCUGAAUUCACCAUUAAGCACUACGCUGGGAAAGUGACAUACCAGGUCCAGAAGUUUGUGGAGAAAAAUCAUGAUCAGGUUCGACAGGAUGUCAUAGAAUUGUUUGUGAACAGCAAAAUAAAAAUUCUGACCAGCCUUUUCAUGGGACAAGCCAUGAAGAUGACAUCACCUAAGAACAGUACCAUCAGCCGAAGGUAUGCUCCCACCGUGGCAGCCAAAUUCCAGCAGUCUCUGAUGGAACUUGUGGAGAAGAUGGAAAGUUGCAAUCCUUUGUUUGUACGUUGCAUCAAGCCAAAUAACAAAAAGGAGCCUGAACUCUUUGAGGUUGAUGUUGUAAGCACACAGUUGCGAUAUUCUGGGAUUCUGGAGACGAUCCGGAUCCGUAAGGAGGGCUAUCCUGUGAGGAUUACUUUUGAUAAUUUCAUCAAGAGGUACAAAAUCUUAUUGGGACUAACAAAUCAAAUAAAGGCAGAUGGUGAAAACUGUGUUGCCAUUUUGAAACAAAUUGUUCCAGUCAGCAGGGGAAUGUACAGCAUCGGACUUAGCAAGAUAUUUAUCAAGGAGAACUUGUACCACACUCUAGACAGUAAACGGGACGGCCUCAUGCUUAUUGCCUCUCUAACUCUGCAACGCUAUGCCCGUGGUUUCUUUGCCAGGAAACGUUAUACAGAACUCCGGAGAACAAUCAUACUGCUGCAGGCUUCAGCCAGAGGCUACAUUACCAGGAAAAAAUUCCAAAAGUUAAAGGAGAACUUCAUCAGAGUCCGAUCCAUUGUUUUCAUGUUUACAAAUCGCAGGAGAUACCUCAGGGUCCGAGAACAAAAACGGGAGAGGAUUGAGAUGGAACAAACAAUGAGAGAAGUGGUGAACGUUGCUCAUCUGGACAUUCCUGCCGAAUUGGCGACCUUACUCCAAGCUGCAACAGUAAAUAAAGAAAUCCACUCAGAUUGUAUUCUACAGACUGAAACUCCCAAGGUGCAUUUGGGGCUUCAGCUAAAAAUGCCUCUUGAUAUCAACAAUUAUCCUUUCUCCAGAUUUGUACGGACCCACUUCAGGAGCCAGCUAUUUGGAAUGUUGACUACUCCACUGGAAGAAGCACUGACCCAAACCAAAGAGGACUUAAGGCAAGAAGCUGUCACAGUCUUCAAGCUGAUACUACGAUUCAUGGGGGAUCCCCAUCUGAACGGAGCUCAAGAAACUCUCUUCGGUAAUUACAUAACCCAAAUAGGUUUGGCCAACUCCAGUCUCCGCAAUGAAAUCUUCUCUCAAAUAGCCAAUCAAGUGUGGAGAAACAUCAAUGAUAAGAACGCAGAGAGAGGCUGGCUCCUAAUGGCUACUUGUCUCAGUAGCUUUGCACCCUCUCCUAUGAUGGACAAAUACCUUCUGAAAUUUGUGUCGGAUUAUGGUUACAAUGGAUAUAAGUCAGUAUGUCAGCAUAAAUUACUACAGGCAAUGCAUAAGAACAAGUAUGGCCCUGAGGGAGCCAGGGGCUAUCCACCAUGCCUGCUGGAGUGGAUAGGCAACAAGAGGAAGGCUAACAUUGCAAUUGAGGUAUCCUGCUUUGAUGGCAAGAAUUUUCUGUGUCCAGUGAAUUCCUGGACUACAGGAGAAGAACUGGGACAAGAUCUCCUGCGGCACAGAGAUGUUACAGAAGGCUGGCGAGGGUGGACUGUGACUAGAAAGGAUAAAGGUGCAUGGACUGAGCUUGGAGGCCACGACUAUGUAAUGGACUUGGUGUCUGACCUAGAACUCCCGACAGAGUUUCCAAGGCAAAAAUCCUUCUUUAUGAUUUCUUCUGAGGGAAAGACUAGAAGCCGGAAGAGUCGAAACGUUGUUUUUGGCCAUGGUUUUGACUCGGAUGAAGAUAUUCCUUCGCCCCCUGUCACCCAGGCACCCAUCUUUCUGCCGGACUCAGAUAGAUAUAUCUCAGGAUCCAUUAGACAAGAGUCUGGUGCCUUCAAUGAACGUCGAUCUCAGAAAGGACUUGACCGCUAUCUUGAUAGCUUGUUUGAUCCUGUUUUAUCUUAUGAAAAUGGGGUAAGGAAACGAACCUCCUUAGUAUCAGACAGAAUGAAGGGAGGCGGAAAGGUAGGACCUAGCAAUGGAGACAGAUCGCAGCCGAGUGAUCAGGGACUUGCUGAGAGGCCUGGAGCCCAGCCGGUCUAUGAUCCUUCUCAAAUAAGUGCCCAGCAGCAAGAUUUCAUAAACCAGCAAGCUUAUCUUCUGGCCCAGCAAAUGACCAUGCAGGCCAUGGCUCUCCAACAGCAAAUGACAAGUGUCGGCCCUCCGGACGCCAUGCUGAGCCAUAAUCGAAGCCUGAACCAUAACCCCAGCACUGCCAUGAAAGCCACUGACAGCAACCAAAGUGCACCAAACCAAAAAGUGGGUCUCCCUCUUCAGACAAAUGCUGCCAACAAAGAUUUCGUCCAGCCAGUGAUCUCCCAACAUGCUGCCAAAGGAAAGCCAGCUGUCAACACGCCCGGAGCUUCCCAAAUACCAAAACUCAACAUUGCAAUGCAGGACCCUGUUCGUCACACGACACUGAACUCCGAGCACUUUCCAGAGCCAACACACAACAUUAAGGACAUCAUAAAGCAAUAUGAGCUUCCAGCAACUCACAAGCAAUCUGGGCUAAUCAGAAAGGAACGUGGUAUGAUAUUCACCAGGAAAACAGACCCACAUGAAGAGGCCAUGUCGAUCCUGAAAAGACAGAAAACUCUAUAUACAUCUCCGAAACCACAACCGGCUCGAUUAAACGAAAGGAGUUCCAGUGAAGCUGUUGCCAUGGUGAGGCCAGUUAGUUCAGCAAUGAAAGCCAGUGCCCGCCCUAUGCCAGUUGUCUCUGCCAGACAUCCUAUGUUCUCCGGAGCCUCAAUUUCCAGAGAACUGACUGGAAAUGAUGAGAGAAUCCAGACCCAACUACAUGGGCAGCCUUGUGAAGCCUGCUACACCUACAGCAAUGUUCCCUGGAAUAUCUAUGCUCGUAAAGAGGUGUUUUAUCCAAAUGACAAUUUCCACAGUCCUGUAGUACUGGAUCUAAUUUUCCGACAGAUUGUGUACGAUACAUUCUCUGAAACCUGUGUGCGGCUGGACAAAGAGCAGCAAAUGAAGAUGAGAUCGUUACUCGCUGAAAACAACAUUCAGGUUUCAGCCUUGGUGAAAGAUGAAGCUGUUAAGAGGAAGAUUGUGAUGGCAGCCAAAGAGUCUUGGGACGUGUACUUCUGCCGUUUGUUUCCUGCGUCUGGCAGUGUUGGCACUGGAGUGCAGGUCCUGGGAGUGUCCCACAAAGGAAUUAGUCUGCUGAAACUAGUGAGAGGCCGUAGCACACCAGCAGAAAACCUGAGGGUACUGAGAAGUUACAGCUACACGGACAUCAUGUUUGUCACCAUCCCUUCUGAAAACAUGUUGGAUUUCAACCUCACCAAUGAGAAACUGAUUUUGUUUUCCUCCAAGGCUCCACAAAUAAAGAGUGUGAUUGAUUACUUCAUCACUGAGCUGAAGAAGGAUUCUAAUUAUGUUGUAGCAGUGAAGAGUCACAUCACAAACAACAGCUCCUUCCUACGAUUUCACAAAGGGGACAUCAUUUGCCUGCAAUCCUCGGAUGGUGUGGAAGAUGACCGAUGCUAUGGAUGUGUAGUCAGAAAGAAGGUGAUAUACGUGGAGGAAUUAAGAAAACACAUUCCUGAUUUUGGAUGGAAGUUUGGAGCUUUCCAUGGCCGGUCCGGGCUGGUUCCUCUGGAUUACGUGCAGCCUGUAGCCGCCCCAGAUUUUAUUCACCUGAGUACGGACAAGAAAGAAGAACCGAGGGACAAGAAGGGUAAAGUGGCAGCUUCGUCCUCAGGCACGGUGGCAGCUGCUGUGGGAUCGACGGCAGCAGCUGAGCAGCUUGACAGGAAAGCCGAGGCCUCCCCUCCAGUCAGUGCAUUUAUGGACAGUAUCCCUGACUAUGGUCUUCAGGAUAACCAGUACACCAUGACAGAAUUUGCAAAGAAAUACUUCCGCCAGUCACAGAAUCCUAGGAGUGAAUCUAAUAAAGAGAAAUCUAAAAAAUCCAAAGAUCACAAGGAACUGUCUGAACUGGUAAAGUACUCAAAGACUCCAAUCCAAGAAUCCCUGAUUGAAUUCUCCGAUGAAAUUAUGAAUAAAGUAGCAGCUGAGAUUUUUGUUGCUGUCAUGAAAUUCAUGGGGGACCAACCUCUCAAAGGCCAGACAGAACAAGAAGUGAUCUAUACCAUCCUUAAGCUAUGUGCAGAGCAUGAGGUGAUGAAAGAUGAAACCUAUUGCCAGAUUAUCAAACAGAUCACCGACAACACCAGCACCAAAAUUGAUAGUAUCCAGCGUGGCUGGAGGCUGCUCUAUAUUCUCACUGCCUAUUACAAGUGUUCAGAAGUACUUAAACCAUACCUUUUUAAAUUGCUGGAGACUGUCUGCAGGAUGCCUGGUGCCAGCUUUCAAGGAAUCGCAAAAGCUUGUCACCAAAACCUGAAGAAAACUUUCCAGUUUGGUGGUAGAACCCAGUUCCCAGAUGGCAUGGAGCUCAAAGCUAUAAUGGCCGGCAGGAGCUCAAAACGCCAAAUCUUUUUGUUACCUGGCAAUGUGGAGCGACAUCUGAAGAUAAAAACCUGCUCGGUUGUAGUUGACGUGAUUGAAGAUGUGUGUACUGAAAUGGGACUGCAGAACCCAGAGGCCACAGAGGAAUAUUCUAUUUUUGUCAUCACCAAUAGAGGGAAAAAUGUGCAACCACUCAGCAAAAAGGAUUAUAUCCUCGAUGUGGCUGCAGCAGCAGAACAAGACGAUCCAAACUUUACCUUCUGUUUCCGACGAGUCCUCUGGAUUCAGCCUCUGAAAUAUGAAGAUGAGUUAUGUGUAACUGUGCAUUAUAACCAGAUUGUUGCAGAUUACGUGAAGGGACUCUUUCAUGUUCUGAGUCAGGAGAUGAUCAGUGACAGUAAGCUCCAGCAAGCGUCGAAACUGGCAGCUCUGCAACAUCGGGCAAAGGACAGUCUCUAUCUUCCCACCAUUCGUGAAGUGCAGGAUUAUAUCCCUACCCAAAUUUACCAACAUCAGCGUCCGCAAUCCUGGCUGAGUAUGGUAACUCAGAAUGCCCAACAGGUUCAAGCCCUCAGCCCACACCAGGCCAGAGCACAGUUCCUGGGACUUGUGAGUGCACUUCCUAUGUUUGGCUCCUCGUUCUUCUACAUUCAGAGCAGCAGCAACCGAGCAAUAGUUGCUCCCUGUAUUCUAGCUGUCAAUCAAAAUGGACUCAACUUCCUGGACAAGGAGACUCAUGAGCUGAAGGUCAAUUUCUCAUUGAAGGAGGUACAGUCCUCACUAACUGAACGAUUGGGUCCCAGUAACAGCUAUCCGUACGUUGAGAUUAAACUGGGGGACCUGAUGUCUCAAGAAAUAAUGCAACUUCAGCUUGACCAGGGUCUGGAAAUGUGCCGAGUUACAGCCAUGCACAUGGAGGCGAUGCUAUUGGCCCGAGAGAAGAGGCUAACCCUCCCACCCAGUGAGAUUACCUUGCUCUGAAAUGGCCCUCGUUUAGCCAGCUGAUCCGAAAAUAGGAACUGCACCCUCAUCAUUUCAACAGGCCGUAAAAUGAGCAUGUGAACACUCCAAAAAUAAACAUGUCAUCUGUUACAUUAUAGAAGAUAAGAUAUUAAGUAUCAAAGAAAUGUAAAAGCAAGACUGUCAACCUCAAUAAAAAUAAUUGAAAACAAUUAUUUUUAAAAUUUUUAGCUGUCAAAUAUUGGUACAGUGAGAAAGUGCAAUAGUACAACAUCAUUUAUUGAAGGUAUAUUUUGAAUAUGUCCAUUGAAAUAGGAAUAUAAUUUUGAAUCUUUACAACAGCUUCUAUCUAUUAUGAGUUCUAUAUUUACACCCAAUCUCUAUAUUUUUAAAUAGAAUUGAAAAUCUUGGUGCAUGCAUUGUUUCAGAAAAUGUGGUAUAUUUUUAUAAAGCUAGAGUUGAAUCAUCUAUUGAAUAUUUGUAUUAGUUUCAACAGGAUCCAAAAAAAUUACUUUUGUUUUGUACAAUUUAUUGCAUAAAUGUAUUUAAUCACUUGUUUUUUGAGAACACAGAGAAGAACUGCUUCCAAUUGCUUUGACUUUUAUUUCCCAGAAAACACAUAUUA